ACGUUGUACUCUGUAUUUCCUUUCAAUUAAAAGGCAAGACCGACCCUUAGUCGGUGGGUUUUGAUUCUUUCGGUUUCGAAACGUGAAAGGGAGCAUGUUGUAGAGAUGGCAGACCUUCGUAACGCCAUUGAAGAUUUGAAGGAGAACAUGUCCCAUGGUGGUACGAACUCUCGACAUACCCACGGCCCAUUUCAGGUGAGAAAUGUCAAGAUUGAUUUUCCCUGUUUCGAUGGCUCGGACGUUUUACAAUGGAUUUUCAAAGCGGAGCAGUUCUUCGAGUAUUAUGCUACUCCUGAUGACUGUCGUUUAACCAUAGCAUCCAUUCAUUUUGAAAAAGAGGUUGUUCCUUGGUACCAAAUGAUGUAACACAAUAACCCCAUUCUGUCCUGGAAUACCUUAGUUCGAUCUUUAGAGCUUGAGUUUGGUCCUCCCCCUUUGAAUCACCUAGAUCCACCUUAUUUAAACUCACACAAACUGCAUCUGUAAAUGACUAUGUGCAGUUUACAGCUCUAGCUAACCGUAUUUAUGGUGUAAGCAAUGAGACCCUUCUUGAUUGUUUCAUCAGUGGGUUGAAACCAGACAUCCGUAGAGAAGUCAUAGCUCAAGCCCCAAACACAAUCCUCAAAGCCAUUUCAUUAGCCCGAUUUGAAGAGAAAUACACCUUCAAACCUAAACAAUACCCCAUCAACACUUCCAGACACUCCAACCAAACCACACCACCUUCCAAUAACCAAUCCUACACCAAUCCACCACAACAACCACUUCUCCCUACCCUAAACCAACGCCCGUCUUCCCAAACCAUUAGAACCCAUAAUGUCAAAAGACUUUCACCUGCUGAAAUGCAGUCCCGUAGAGAAAAAGGCUUAUGUUACACAUGUGAUGAACGGUUCACAGCCACUCACCGCUUUCCUAAUCGUCAAUAUUCUUUUAUCCAAGGUACAUAUGAAGAGGAGGACAAUACAGCUGCAAAGAUUCCUGAUUUAGAACAGAAUCUAGAACAUCAUCUUUCCCUUAACGCUUUGAAGGGUGCUGCUGGUGUGGGAACGAUGCGAUUCACGGGUUCAUUGCAAGGAAUGACAAUCCAGAUACUCCUGGAUAGUGGUAGUUCAGAUAACUUCUUACAACCACGGAUUGCUCAUUGCCUAAAGCUUCCUGUGGAGGCUAUGUCAUCACUUCAAGUUAUGGUAGGGAAUGGAAAUGCUAUGUCUAUCGAAGGGGUUAUAAAGGAGAUCCAAGUUAAACUACAAGGACAUACACUCAAGCUUCCAGUAUAUUUGUUAAUAGUUUCUGGUGCUAAUCUGAAUUUAGGUGUUGCAUGGCUAGCCACUAUUGGACCACACAUUGUUGAUUACAACACCCUAUCCUUAUUAUUGACUACAAGAGAGAAGGUGAAAAGAAUGGGGUAUUACCUAAGGUAGGUGGAAAAAUAAGAAAAAUAGAUAAUAUUAUUUA